UCCAGUCUCAAAUGUAUCGUAUAUUUCAACAUUUACCCUUCAUCUUUCCCUCGAAUUCAUCUCUCUCCUCCCUCAGCUUCACCAAUAAAUACGUAUAGAGAGAGUUUUGACAUCGUCAUGUCAAAUGGUGAAUACUAACCAAACUGAAUAAAUACACACACACACAAAAAAAGUAACAUCAACGAUGCCUUCCGAGUUAACUCAGCAAGAACGCUCCGAACUCUCCCACUCCAUCGCCGAGUUCCACACUCACCACCUCGGCCCCGGACGCUGCUCCUCCCUCCACGCGCAACGCAUCCACGCGCCGCCGGAGAUCGUCUGGUCCGUCGUCCGCCAGUUCGACAAACCGCAGACCUACAAGCACUUCAUCAAGUCCUGCUCCGUCCAAGAAGGCUUCGAGACGCGCGUCGGGUGCACGCGCGACGUGACCGUGAUCAGCGGGUUGCCGGCGAACACGUCGACGGAGAGGCUCGACGUGCUCGACGACGAGAGGCGGGUGACGGGAUUCAGCGUCAUAGGAGGCGAGCACAGGCUGAGGAACUACAAGUCGGUGACGACGGUGCACAGGUUCGAGGAGGAGGAGAGGGUUUGGACGGUGGUGCUUGAGUCGUACGUCGUGGAUAUGCCGGAAGGGAACUCGGAGGACGAUACGCGUAUGUUUGCGGAUACUGUUGUGAAACUUAACCUGCAGAAGCUGGCGACGGUUACUGAAGCUAUGGCUAGGAAAGCCGGGGAAGGAAGCGGUUCUCAAUCUCAGGUGACCUGAAUGAGAAAACAUAAAAUAUUUAUAAAUGGAAAAAAAUGGGAAAUCAGUUUAUUAUUUUCUCUUCUGAAUUACUAUUUCGGGAAAUGUGAUUUACGCUGCUCUUUUGUAAGAUUCUAAUAUUUAU